AUUCACACGAUAAAAAUAAUAUUCGCAUUGAAAAUUUCUCAUACAGCAUCCACUUUUGGCCCAUCCGCGGUUCCGUGGCAAGGCGGCGGAGCGUCCCUUGCUCAGUCUUCCUUUGUUGUUCCCACUUCCUUUCGCCGAAGCCGUGAAAAUGAAGGUUGGAUUGUGCGUGUACAGUGGGUACAAAAUCUACCCCGGCCAUGGCAAAACCAUGGUCAGGGUUGAUGGCAAGUCCUUCACUUUCCUCAACUCAAAAUGCGAGGCUGCCCACAAAAUGAGGAGGAAUCCCCGUAAGGUCACAUGGACUGUUCUGUACAGGCGUAAGCACAAGAAGGGCCAGGAAGAAGAUGUUGCCAAGAAGCGUACCCGCCGUACCCAGAAGUUCCAGAGGGCUGUUGUAGGUGCCACCCUUACUGACAUCUUGGCCAAGAGGAAUAUGAAGCCCGAAGUGCGAAAGGCCCAGCGAGACCAGGCUAUUCGUGCCGCCAAGGAGUCCAAGAAGGCUAAGGCAGCAACAGCCAAGAAGGCCCCCGCAGCCAAGGCCAAGGCACCCCCUAAGCCCAAGGCUGCCAAGGUAACACAGAAGAGUGCUCCCCGUGUCGGUGGCAAGCGAUAAACACCAAUAAAUUAAGUGAUCAAC